AUGCCUGUCGACCCUUCACCAGCUAGGAAGAAACCUAAACCCGACAUAGCAGAUAUGAAAACAUUGGCUUCUUUGCGUGGCCAAGCAAAGGCGCAAGUCACCCGGAUACGCAAAGCUGUGGAGGAAGCAUCAGGAGCUGAUGCCGUCAUACCCAACAUGGCGAUGCUGGCGGUAUACUCCCGAAAGUUGGACCUCUACUUCAACGAGUAUCGUGAUUUUCACCAUCAAAUCAUGGUGCUGUGCUCUGACGAAGGCAUGGAGGAACAAGAUCGAAUAUAUGAAGCAUUCGAAAUCCAGCACACCGAAGAUGCAUCUCAAAUUCCACUUUCGAUUCAACGUUCAGACCAAACCCCUCGCAUUAUUGUGCAGCAGCAACCGUUGAAGGCACCUAUUCCAACCUUCGACGGUAAACCUGAGAACUGGCCACGCUUCAAGGCCAUGUUUCUUGAUGUCAUGCGGACGUCUGCCGACUCGGAUGCGAUAAAGCUAUAUCAUCUCGACAGAGCAUUGGUCGGUGCAGCUGCUGGGAUCAUUGAUUCCCGAACGCUGAGUGAAAAUAAUUACGUUCAUGCGUGCAAAGUGCUCGAAGAACGCUUCGAGAAUAAACGAGUGAUUGUUGACAUUCAUGUCAACGGCCUUCUGAACUUGAACACAUUAAACCGUGAAAACGCCAAGGACCUGAGGGAACUUAUUGACGACGUCACCCGACACGUCGAUAGACUUAGCCUGAUGAAAGAAGAGAUGCUGGGAGUUUCAGAACGGAUCGUUGUCAACCUGAUAGCUGGUGCUUUGGAUAAGGACACGAGGCUGCAGUGGGAAUCUUCCAUCCCACAUAAGGAAUUGCCGAAACUAUAG